CUAUUUUCCUAAGGUCCUGAAUCUCUUCCAGUCACUCUCCCUCCGCUUGGGUUUGUCGUCUUCUGAGGCGUCGAGGGGAUACUCUUGAGAGAGGCUCCCUUCGCGCACGCGCGCAACUAUUUGGCGCGGUUAAUGUCGCGCGCCCUGCCUGGCGGGGCCUUAGCCCUCUGGCUUUCUGCCCUCGCGUCACUGAGGCUACUAGACUUGGCCCCUCCCCUUUCCCCGGACACCCCUACCCCCUUCUCCCGCGGAGGCUGGCCUCGCCCGUUACACCGCCUGCGGUCCGCGCCCCGCGCGUUCAACUCUUCCCGGCGCCCCUUUGCUCCCUUCGCGGUCGGGACGCUACGCUCGGGGGCCCGGGCUGAAACCCCACUUCGCUGAGACCCCAGCCUCCGCUCAGCUCCCGCUCGGGACCAUGACCUCUGAGGUGGCGCGGCAUCUGCUCUUUCAGUCUCACAUGCCAACAAAAACAACUUGUCCAUCCUCACAAGUAUCUGAUGAUGAACAGAAACAAAAAAGAGAAAAUAUUCGUUCUUUAACUAUGUCUGGCCAUGUUGGUUUUGAGAGUUUGCCUGAUCAGCUGGUCAAUAGAUCCAUUCAGCAAGGCUUCUGUUUUAAUAUUCUCUGUGUGGGGGAAACUGGAAUUGGAAAAUCAACAUUGAUUGACACACUGUUUAAUACUAAUUUUGAAGACCAUGAAUCCUCACAUUUUUACCCACAUGUUAGACUUAAAGCUCAGACAUAUGAACUCCAUGAAAGUAAUGUUCAAUUGAAAUUGACCAUUGUGAAUACAGUAGGAUUUGGUGACCAAAUAAACAAAGAAGAAAGCUACCAACCAGUAGUUGACUACAUAGAUGCUCAGUUUGAGGCCUAUCUCCAAGAAGAGCUAAAGAUCAAGCGUUCUCUCUUUAAUUACCACGAUUCUCGCAUCCAUGUGUGCCUCUACUUCAUCUCACCUACAGGUCACUCUCUGAAGACACUGGAUCUCUUAACAAUGAAGACCCUUGACAGCAAGGUGAACAUUAUACCAGUGAUUGCCAAAGCAGAUGCAAUUUCUAAAGCUGAAUUACAGAAGUUUAAGAUCAAGCUCAUGAGUGAAUUGGUUAGCAAUGGUGUCCAGAUAUACCAAUUCCCAGCAGAUGAUGAAACUAUUGCUAAAAUCAAUGCUUCAAUGAAUGGACAUUUGCCAUUUGCUGUUGUAGGAAGUAUGGAUGAGGUAAAAGUUGGAAAUAAGAUGGUCAAAGCUCGCCAAUACCCUUGGGGUGUUGUACAAGUGGAAAAUGAAAACCACUGUGACUUUGUAAAACUCCGAGAAAUGCUAAUUUGUACAAACAUGGAGGAUCUGCGAGAACAGACCCAUACUAGGCAUUAUGAACUUUACAGGCGUUGCAAACUGGAGGAAAUGGGCUUUACAGAUGUGGGUCCAGAGAAUAAGCCACUCAGUCUUCAAGAGACCUAUGAAGCCAAAAGACAUGAAUUUUAUGGUGAACGUCAGAGGAAGGAAGAAGAAAUGAAGCAGAUGUUUGUGCAGCGAGUAAAGGAGAAAGAAGCCAUAUUGAAAGAAGCUGAAAGAGAGCUACAGGCUAAAUUUGAGCACCUUAAAAGAGUUCACCAAGAAGAGAGAAUGAAGCUUGAAGAAAAGAGAAGACUCUUGGAAGAAGAAAUAAUCGCUUUCUCAAAAAAGAAAGCUACUUCAGAGAUAUACCAGAACCAGUCCUACAUGGCAUCAGGCAGCAACCUGAAGAAGGACAAAGACCGUAAGAACUCCAAUUUUAUGUAAAACAAAGGUUCCAGAUGAUAGAAGGUCAUCACAAGCAAAAGUUAUUAAAAUGUUAGAAGUAUGCUCUGAUUUUCUUGCUGUUUUUAUUUUCUGUAUCACUUAUUCUAUAUCUGGCAAAUGGCCACAAAUGGCACUUAAAUGCUUUUAAGUAUAAAGUUAAUAUAUAAACCACAGUGAAUGAUAUCACUUAUAUAUUCACUGUUGUUAGAGGUUUUCAAGUUGCUGGUUUGUGAUGAAUGUAGAUCAUUUUUCCUGCUGCCUGGUUAUUGUCACUUACAUGCAUUGUACCAUGGAGCAAAGUGUCAGUGACAUUGAAAAUACAGAACUCAUUCAUUGUAUGGCUAUCUGAUUGCAUUUAUAUUCCAAGAGGAACUCCUUUUUUGUACAUACCAAAGGUAAAAUUUGGGAAAUAUGUUUUAAAAUGCAUUAUAUACCUGAAGCUCUAAUCUCUUAAUAGUUUUAUAGAAGUUUUUAAUUUUUGUACCAUUAUCCAAUUGAUAACAUGAUCCUACGCUUUUGUAUGAAAUUAUGUAACAUGAUGGCCUUCUAUGCUUCACUAUACCUUACUGUGGUUGAAGUAUUGUUGUAAUGGAGCAAGAUAUGUUUGAAAGUAAUAACAUCUAGGUAUAAAUCCCUUUUCUAGUGAUGAGUACCUUUGAAUCUGGGGUGUUGCCACUCUAUUUCAUUAGGAUAUUUUAUAUGUUUAAAACUGUCUUCCAGGGAAAAAAAAUCAUAAGGUUGAAUUGUCUUCUUAAAAAUAUUUCUUAAGAAAAUAUCUGUCAGCAUCUGAAUAUUAAAGAUAUAAAAAUUUAGAUAACUCAUAUAUUGAGAUAUUUGAAUUCAGUGCCUUCAUAGUAUUCUUAGAACAAUUGGAUGCCUUCUAACUUUUUCUUAACAGUCAUAGAUAGGUAUAUAAUUUUUCACUUUUGUACUUGAAUAUCCUAAAUAAAAUAUCCUCUUGACAAAUAAGAUAUAUCUACGUAUUUACUAAAAUUGGUUUAAAAUUACUUUAACUUUUCUUUUUGCAAACUGUCAUCUUAAAGAAACAUUUUGUCAAAAUUAGUUCAUUUAAUCAUGUGUUUGAAUUAUUUUAAGACAGAGAUGUAUAUUACCAGUAUUUUUCAGAAAACAAAAUGUUUUACUUAGCCUAUGUCAGAUUCUGAGCAGUGUAUAUUUUCAUGAAAUUGUAUAAGUUGCAAAUAAAACCUUUCAUUUCAUAGCAUAAUUUAUCAGAACAAACACCUUAAAUUCCAGUUUUGCAUUUGAAAUUCACAAAUGUCUCUUAGCCUUUUAAAACAUUAGUAAAGUAAGUUAUAAGUAUCACAGAAAAAGCUCUGAACUUUCUUCUCAGGAUCAGUAAUGCCCAGGUUCUGGAAGGUGGGAGCAAGAGAGCCUCUGAGUCCAUGAGGGCAGGUAGCCUGUUGUACGGAGCCCAGCUGGAAGGUGAGAGCAGGAGAGCCCGUGAGUCCCUGAGGGCAGGUAGCCUGUCGUACAGAGCCCAUCCACUGCCACAGCACUGAGCGUUAGCUGAGGGGAGUGUCAUCCUGGAAGCUCAAUUAUGUAAUGUGAGUGCUGGUCAUCUGUAGUUUUAUUAUAUCAAACUAUGUAUUAAACAGCUAUCCUCAACUUUAAUAAAGUAAGUUUAAAUGCCA